AUGGAGCACGACGCCGCCGUGCCACAGCCGCCGCUCAUCGCCGCCACAGCAGCAGCAGCCGCGGCUUCCCCCAUGGCGGCGUCGGGCAUUGCCGCCGCAGCUGCUGCGCCUUCCCCCGCGGCGGCCCCGCGCGGGGUGCCGAGCCGGGCCGAGUGCUCCGUCGACCUCAAGCUCGGCGGGCUCGGCGAGUUCGGGGCGGAGGACGGGACGAAGGAGCCGCCGGCGGUUGCAACUGCAACGGCUGCAGCGGCGGCGCCGUCCGCGAGCCCGAUGAAGCGCCCGCGCUCGGGGCCCGGUGGCGCCGCCGGGGCGCAGUGCCCGUCGUGCGCGGUCGACGGCUGCAAGGCCGACCUCAGCAAGUGCCGCGACUACCACCGCCGCCACAAGGUCUGCGAGGCGCACUCCAAGACGCCCGUCGUCGUCGUCGCCGGCCGCGAGAUGCGCUUCUGUCAGCAGUGCAGCAGGUUUCACUUGCUUGCGGAGUUUGAUGAGGCCAAGCGCAGUUGUAGAAAGAGGCUUGAUGGGCACAACCGGCGUCGCAGGAAGCCACAGCCAGAUACCAUGAACUCUGGGAGCUUUAUGACAAGUCAACAAGGGACCAGGUUCUCGUCGUUCCCGGCUCCAAGACCGGAGCCAAGCUGGUCUGGAGUCAUCAAAUCCGAGGACAGUUCAUGCUACACACCCCACCCGGUCCUCAGCAACAGGCCACACUUCGCCGGCGGCUCCACGUCGUCGGCCUACUCCAAGGAAGGCCGGCGCUUCCCGUUCCUCCAGGACGGCGACCAGGUCAGCUUCAGCGCAGGAGCCGGGACGCUGGAGAUCUCCACGGUGUGCCAGCCCCUCCUCAAGACCGCCGCGGCCGCGGUGCCGCCCCAGAGCAGCAGCAGCAACAAGAUGUUCUCCGACGGGCUCACCCCCGUGCUCGACUCGGAUUGUGCUCUCUCUCUUCUGUCAUCCCCCGCAAACUCCUCCAGCGUCGACGUGAGCCGGAUGGUCCAGCCCGCGGCGGAGCACAUCCCCAUGGCGCAGCCCCUCGUCCCCAGCAGCCUCCAGCAGCACCACCAGUUCGGCAGCUCCCCCGGCUGGUUCGCCUGCUCCCAGGCCGGCUCCAGCGCCGUCUCCGCCGCGGGCACCGGUGGCGGCGGCUUUGCCUGCCCCGCCAGCGUGGAGAGCGAGCAGCUCAACACCGUCCUGCAGGUGCCGAGCUCCAACGCCGGCCACGAGAUGAACUACCACGGCAUCUUCCACGUCGGCGGCGAGGGCUCCUCCUACGGGACGUCCCCUUCGCUCCCGUUCUCGUGGCAGUAG